GGUGGCCACUGACCACAAUGUUGAUAAUACCACAGCUAUCCUUAGAGAGUGGCUAAAGAACGUGCAGAACCUCUACCAUGAUGUGGAGUGGAGGCCAAUGGAAGAGCCCCAGUCUUACCCAGAAGAAAUAGGACCAAAACAUUGGCCAAGCUCCCGAUUCACUCAUGUGAUGAAACUUCGACAGGCUGCCCUGCGUGCUGCACGAGAAAAGUGGUCAGAUUAUAUUCUGUUUAUUGAUGCAGAUAAUUUACUGACCAACCCUCAAACCCUGAACCUGAUGAUAGCAGAAAACAAGACAUUGGUGGCACCAAUGCUUGAAUCUCGCUCCCUCUACUCUAACUUCUGGUGUGGCAUCACCCCACAG